AUGACGUCCAAGGCUGUCGUCCUCGGCGGUGCUCUGGCAGCGCUUGCCCGGAUCGCGGCCGCGGCGCAGCCUGGUGCAGCCGAACCGGUCCCUGCGCCAAUGCGCGACCUGGUAUGGGGCAAGCUCAACUUCCUGCACACCACAGACACUCACGGAUGGCAUGGCGGCCAUCUACAAGAACCACAGUACUCGGCCGACUGGGGCGACUAUGUCUCGUUUGCCGAGCACAUGCGCAAAAAAGCCGACAUGGAUGGCGUCGACCUCCUGCUUGUUGACACUGGCGAUCGUGUGGAGGGUAACGGCCUUUACGAUGCAUCCAGUCCCAAGGGCAAAUACUACUACGACAUCUACCGUCAACAAGAUGUCGACAUCAUAUGCACCGGUAACCAUGAGCUCUACAUUGCCUCGACGGCCGAUCGGGAGCACCUGCACACGGUUCCCAAUUUCAAGGACAAGUACAUCGCCUCCAACCUCGACUACAUAGAUACCAGGUCUGGUGAGAGGAUGCCCAUGGCCCAGAGAUACCGCAAGUUCCAGACCAAGAACCAGAAGCUCGACAUUGUCGCCUUUGGCUUCCUCUUCGAUUUUACCGGUAACGCCAACAACACAGUUGUCCAGCCAGUGAGAGAGACCGUCAAGGAGAAGUGGUUUCAAGAAGCCGUCAGGGAAGAAACAGAUGUCUUCGUCGUGAUCGGACAUGUCGGAGUGCGCAUGCCCGAGUUCCAGACCAUCUUUCGGGAGAUCCGUAAGCUGAACCCUCUCACUCCCAUCCUCUUCUUUGGCGGCCAUGUCCAUAUUCGCGACGCCACCGCCUACGAUGCGCGGUCGUUUGCGGUAGCCAGCGGGAGAUACUUCGAGACUAUCGGCUGGAUGUCUGUCGACGGCGAAUUGGAGAGAGCAGCACGCUCCGAGAGGUCUCGCUUGUCUUUCCACCGCAGAUACAUCGACAACAACCUCUUGGGACUGCACCAUCACACGGGCCUCAAUGCCACCUCAUUCCUUACCGAGCACGGCCGCAACGUGUCGGCUAUGAUCACCAAAGCCCGUACCGAACUGGACCUCGACUAUGCCUUUGGCUGCGCCCCGAAGACCCUCUGGAUGUCUCGCUCUCCCUAUCCGGGACAGAACAGCAUCUACAGCUGGAUCGAGAACGAGGUGCUCCCGGACGUGGCAGUCAACCCCCGCAGGAAAGACGUGCCCCGCCUAGCCAUCGUCAAUACGGGCUCCAUUCGCUUCGACAUCUUCAAGGGCCCGUUUACCCGAGACACCACCUACAUCGUCUCACCCUUCCUUAGCAAGAUGACAUACAUUCCCGAUGUGCCUUACGCCAUGGCUCGCAAGGUCAUCAAGCUGCUGAACAACGCCGGCAAGAUUACAGCAUCGUCGACUCCGCCGGACAACCGCUUCAUGGCCAUCCCUGAGCAGCUCGUCAUUCACGAGUCCAUCAUCAACAACGAGGUUUCCUUCGCGUCUGGUGAUGACUUGGGCGGUGCCCCUCAAAAGCCGCUCGGCGAGGGCGCUGGCCAGCGGCCUCGGCUGACCGAGGGCUACACCACCAGGGACGAUAUCGGCAACGACGGCGACGAUACCGUGCAUCUUCCUGUCAAUUUCUACGUUGUGCCCAACUGUAUACAGGCCGAGGUGGACUUUCCUUCGGACGGCGAACCGGAGACUGUUGACCUUGUCUUCAUGGAUUUUAUCACGCCCUGGGUGCUCAUCGCACUCAGGCUGCUCGGUGGGGAGUACAGUCGCGAGCAUGUCCAGCUUUAUGUUGAGGGCACAUUUACGGAGUUGAUGGCUGGUUGGAUCGAGAAGAGCUGGCCGAAGCGUUGUUAG